GCCGUUUGCAGGAGGCGGGUUCUGAUUGGCCGGGGACUGCGGGAGGCUGCGGGCGGCGGGGUUAAGCGCUUCGCUACCGCCCCCGCCCAGGCGCGAGUCCAGAGCGCUGAACCCGCACCUCGACCUGCAAAAGCCGUGGCAAGCCAUGGGCCUCCGACUCUGUCCCUGCCGUGUGGCACUGCUCCCGGAUGGCCUCCUGUUCCUCUUGCUGCUGCUAAUGCUGCUCGCGGAUCCGGCGCUCCCGGCAGGACGUCACCCCGCGGUGGUGCUGGUGCCCGGUGAUUUGGGCAACCAACUGGAAGCAAAGUUGGACAAGCCGUCAGUCGUGCAUUACCUCUGCUCCAAGAAGACCGAAAGCUACUUCACAAUCUGGCUGAACCUUGAACUGCUGCUGCCUGUCAUCAUUGACUGCUGGAUCGACAAUAUCAGGCUGGUUUACAACAAAACAUCCAGGGCCACCCAGUUUCCUGAUGGUGUGGAUGUGCGUGUCCCUGGCUUUGGGAAAACCUUCUCAUUGGAGUUCCUAGACCCCAGCAAAAGCAAUGUUGGUUCCUAUUUCCAUACCAUGGUAGAGAGCCUUGUGGGCUGGGGCUACACACGGGGUGAGGAUGUCCGAGGGGCCCCCUAUGACUGGCGCCGAGCCCCAAGUCAGUGGUUCAGGCCCCAGGACCCUUCCUGCCUGACCCCUGCCUGGCUCUGGCCUGCAGAUGAAAACGGGCCCUACUUCCUGGCCCUCCGCGAGAUGAUCGAGGAGAUGUACCAGCUGUAUGGGGGCCCCGUGGUCAUGGUUGCCCAUAGCAUGGGCAACAUGUACACGCUCUACUUUCUGCAGCGGCAGCCGCAGGACUGGAAGGACAAGUAUAUCCGUGCCUUCGUGGCACUGGGUGCGCCCUGGGGGGGCGUGGCCAAGACCCUGCGCGUCCUGGCCUCAGGAGACAACAACCGGAUCCCAGUCAUCGGACCCCUGAAGAUCCGGGAGCAGCAGAGGUCUGCCGUCUCCACCAGCUGGCUGCUGCCAUACAAUUACACCUGGUCACCUGAGAAAGUGUUCGUGCACACACCCACGAUUAACUACACGCUGAGGGACUAUCACAAGUUCUUCCAGGACAUCGGCUUUGAAGAUGGCUGGUUCAUGCGGCAGGACACAGAGAGGCUGGUUGAAGCCAUGAUGCCACCUGGCGUGCCCUUGCAUUGCCUCUAUGGUACUGGUGUCCCCACACCAGACUCCUUCUACUAUGAGAGCUUCCCCGACCGUGACCCUAAAAUCUGCUAUGGCGAUGGCGAUGGCACUGUGAACUUGCAGAGUGCCCUGCAGUGCCAGGCCUGGCGUAGUCACCAGAAGUACCAAGUGUCGUUGCAGGAGCUGCCGGGCAGUGAGCACAUCGAGAUGCUGGCCAACGCCACUACCCUGGCCUAUUUGAAACGUGUGCUCCUUGGGCCCUGAUUCCUGUGCCAGGCAGGGCUGCUGGAUGGCUCAGCCAUGAAGUUCUCUCAGCCUCUUGGGCUGUCAUGACACACAAGUUUAGCAAAGUUUGUGACUGACUGUUCAAGGCCCUGGGUCUUGGGCUGUGAAGCAUCUGCCAUGGGGAAGUGCUGUUUCCUAUCCUUCCUCUGUGGCUGCGAAGAAGGAAGAAAUGAGAGUCGGACUUGAGGGGUCUUUGAUGGAAAGAAUGCUGCUGAUGGUGGAAUGGUGACCUCAGGACUGGCUCUGCAAGGUGGAUUGGCUGGCCCCUGGUCCCAAUCCUCAUGGGGGCCAUGUGUUUCCUCCUACCCCUAUGGCAUUUUUACACUUGCCCACCGGGCCCAGGCCCCUCAACUUCCCUAUGAGGGAUGGUACUGUACUGUGGUCCUGUCCCCAAAGGUUCCAGGGAUGGGCUCCUGGCCUCUCAGGUGACCCUUCCCACACACUGGCCACAGGUAGGCCUGCCACUGGCCAUGAGUGCCUAGGGC